AUGUUUUACGCCGUCAUAUUUUUCACCUUCUUAAUUUCAAUUUUUUUAUUUUUUGGAAUAAAGAAACCUAAAAACUUUCCGCCAGGACCCAAAUGGUAUCCCAUUUUUGGUAGUGCUUUACAAAUUUCACAACUUCGUUUAAAACAUGGUAUGUUAUGUAAAGCAAUUAAGGAAUUAAAUAACUUUCAUGACGCAAAUGGUGUUGUUGGUUUAAAAAUAGGACAAGAUAAGGUUGUAAUUGUUUAUACAUGUGAAGCGAUUAAAGAAAUGAUGACAAAUGAAGAAUUAGAUGGUCGUCCUGAUGGAAUUUUUUAUAAAUCAAGAACAUUUAAUAGUCGUAAAGGCAUAUUGGUAGUUGAUGAAGAUUUUUGGUUAGAGCAACGACGUUUUAUCGUUAGACAUUUGAAAGAUUUUGGAUUUUCCAGACGCAAUAUGGCUGAAAUGAUACAAAAUGAAGCGCAACACUUACUAGAGGAUUUAAACUCAAUGGUUAAACAACAAAAUCUAAAUAAAGAUGUGAAUGGCAACACAGCGAUUUUAUCAUUUCAAGAAUUUUUUCCUGUUUAUGUAUUAAACACAUUAUGGACUAUGAUUGCUGGAGUACGAUAUGAUCGUAAUCAUAAAGAAAUUAUGGAAUUAUUAAAAAUGUUUUAUGAAUUAUUUAAAACUAUUGAUAUGAUUGGUACUUUAUUUAGUCAUUUUCCUUUUUUGCGAUAUAUUGCACCUGAUUUCUCUGGUUAUUCAAAUUUUGUAGAAAAUCAUAGAAGAGUCUAUACAUUCUUUAGAAAAGAAGUAGAAAACCAUCGAAAAACUUUCAGUUUAAAUGACGAACCAAGAGAUUUAAUAGACAAAUAUUUACAAGUUCUAGCAUUACCGGAUCAUAAAUCAUCUUUUUCUGAGGAGCAAUUGUUAGCAGUGUGUUUAGAUAUGUUUUUAGCUGGUUCAGAAACUACAAACAAAAGUCUGGGUUUUGCUUUUCUGCAUAUGGUUCGAGAUCCGACCAUACAAAAAAAAGCUCAAGAUGAAAUUGAUUCUGUAAUAGGACGAGAACGUUUACCUACGUGGGAUGAUAGAGUGAAUUUACCAUAUUGCGAUGCUAUUGUACAUGAAGCUAUACGAUUUUUUAUGGGAUAUACAUUUGGCGUACCUCAUAGGGCCUUGGUGAACACACGCUUAAGUGGCUACAACAUACCAAAGAAUACUAUGGUAAUUGCUUGUUUUCAUGGAAUGUUAAUGGAUGAAGAUAAUUUUCCAAAUCCAACAAAAUUUUGGCCAGAUCGUUUUAUCAAAAAUAAUAAGCUUGUUAUCCCAGAUACAUUCGCGCCUUUUGGUUUGGGGAGACAUCGAUGUAUGGGAGAAGUAAUGGGAAAACAAAAUUUGUUUUUAUUCAUAACAACAUUAUUGCAAAAUUAUAAUUUUUUACCAUUAGAAGGUAAACCAUUACCAGAUGAUGAACCAGUUGAUGGCGCAACGGCUUCGGUAAAGUCAUAUAUAGCUAUGGCGAUCAAACGUUGA